AUGUUUUUACUUUUCUUUUCACUAUAUUUAGUGAUAAAAUCUACUACAAUUAUAGAACUUUCAGAAGGAAAACCUUGGAUUCCAGAAAAUUGGAUAUCUGAUGAUUAGACAAUAUUUGAAACAUAACACAUUUGUGAUGAUCUUAACGGACCAUAUCUUGGUUUAAUUGACAAAAAUAUCCAUAAAUAACUAUCUGACUUAGGUGCUCAUAGCGAAAUAUAGAUCUCUUUUGAUAUUUUAUUCUCAGGCAGAUGGGAAGGUUCAAGUUACUUCAAAAUUUAUAUUGACUCUACCAACAUAUUUUCUGAAAGUGGUCUAUCUUCAAGUACCUUCUAAACAUCAAGUACAUACUGUAAGUUAAACACAAUUGAGUAAGAAUUUUAAAAUAUAUGAAGUGCUAUUCCUACCAAUUAAAAGUUAAUCACAGUUUACUAGACAAUGUCUCAUUCUAAAAGAAAUCCUUUUAUUGAAAUAAAAGGAUCAUUCAAUUGUGAUAUUAUGGCUAUUGGUGUCUGUUAAUUGGUUUCAAUAAAGAAUCUAGUCAUAUAUCCAACAUAGUGCCAUUUCAGUUGCAAAACAUGUGAUGGGCCAAAUAUAGAUUAAUGUUUAAGUUGUCCAUAUGGAUCUCUAGAUUCUGGUAGAUGUUAUUGUUAAUCUGGACUAUACCAAUAUGCUAAUAAAUGUGUAUUAUCAUGUCCAAAAUAUUAUAUUGCCAAUCUUGAUAAUUAGUGCUUAAUUCAAUGUUCAUUAAAUUGUUAAAUUUGUGGAAAUAAUUCAUGUAAUGAAUGUGAAGAAGGAUACCUUUUACAUUAAGGUAAAUGUGUCAAGUAAUGUCCAAGCAAUAGUCAAUUCAAUGGUAUUAAUAAGUGUAUAGAUUAUAAUGAAAUGAAAUAAUAUGGUAUAUAUAUAUAAUAACAUAAUUGUAGGAUCUGAAUAUUUGGGCAGUUAUUUUUAUAGUUUAGAAAGUAAUUAUUAGGAAUAGGUGAAUAGAUUUGAAUUUUCAUAAUCUUCCACAUAUUCUCUAAUGACUUAAUAGAAAUAUUCAAUUUAUUAAGAUAAAUUAUUAUUAGGUGGUUAUGGAGUUUGGAGUGAAGGAUAUUUUAGUCUUAGUUAUUAUAGUGUAAAUCCACAUAAUCAUUUAAGAAUUUAUUUAGAUGUUUGGUUUAUAGAUAGAUGGAAUGAUGAUAAAUUUUAAAUAAUUGUUGAUGGAACAGUUGUUUAUGAAAAAAACGUCAAAAAUACAGGUACAAAUUAAUUCUAUAGAACCUUUCCUGAUACAGUAGAACACAUAGCAUUAGAUGUUAUACAUAUAUCUAACGACAUAAAUAUACGAUUUGUAUCAAAUUUAAUGAGAUCUCCUUUAGAAGGUAGUAUAGGAAUAACAAAUUUACAUAUAUUAAUUGAUUAUUGUGAUUUUCAUUGUAUUUGGUGUAUUAAUACUUAAUGUUCAUUAUGUGAACCUGGUUAUUAAUUAGUAAAUAAUAAAUGUGCUAAAUGUGAUAAUACUUAUAAUAGGAAAUCAGAUUGUAAUUGUUUGGAAGGUUAUUAUGAAGAUAAUAAAGCAGAAUGUUUAAAAUGUAAAGCAGAAUGUCAAAAUUGUAUAAAUGUUGAUACAUGUAUUGAAUGUAAGACAGGAUCCCAUUUAAUUUCAUUACCUUUAUGUUAAUCUUGUGAAAAUGGAUAUUAUUAUGAUGAUGCAAUGUGUUUAAAUUGUUAAUAUAAUUGUAAAACAUGUUCAACUUUUAAUGUAUGUAUAUAAUGUGUUGAUGGAUUUGUUAAUCCUCCUUAAUGUUAAUGUUAAGAUGGUAUAUUUAAUAUUUAAUAAGGUUAUUUUGAGACUGAAACACAUUAAUGUUAUAAAUGUAGUUAAUAAUGUAAGACUUGUACUUCAUAUGGUGAUUAUUGUACUUCAUGUUCUGGAAAUAGAAUUUCAUUACCUGAUUGUUCUUGUCCAAAGAAUUCACUUGAAAUUGAAAACUCUAUUUGGUGUACAAGUAAUUAUUUAUGUAUAAUAAUUCUAGCAUGUACAAUUGCUAGUCUUAAUAUUUCUUUGAAUUAUGAUUUGACUAUUUUAAUCAUCAAUUUUAUAUGGAAUAUCAAAGAUUUGUAUUUGAAUUGUAAUCAUAUUUUUAAAUCAUAAACUAUUGAAUUGUUUGGUGAAAAUCCUUUAUGUUUUAAGGAUAAUAAUAAGAUAUAAGUUAAGUUAGGACCUAAAGCAAAUCUAAAAUAAGGAGAUCUGAUAGAAUUUUAUCCAAAUAUUAUAUAAUUUGAAAAAUGCUCUACAGUUAUUUAAACCUAUUAUAAUAAUGAAUUAAGAAUUUUGGGUUAAGCUGAUUAAGUUAAAGAAAAGUUAUAAUUUGUUUAAAGUAAGAUUUAUCUAUCUAAGUGUUAAAAAUAGAAUUUAUUAAUAUCAUUUUUGAAUUAGAAUAAUUUUUAAUUGUAAUAAUGGAAUUUGAUAUAGUAUAAGAAAUAAGAUCCUUAAUUGGAUAAUUUUAUGUAAUUCUUAAAUUAAUAAAUUUAAUCAAAUCCAUUUACAUAAUAUUUUGAAUUUAAAGGAAAUAUUUUAGAUGAUGAAAAUGAGAUUAUAAUUGAAUUACAAUAUGUUAGUAUAUUAAAUGAAAUCUAUAAAUCAUAAUUAAUAGUUAUACAAGAAUUUGGUAAAAUCACAACUGAAAUUGCUUAUUAAUAAACUCCAUAUUAGAUCUCCUAAGAAAUUUAAAUAUCAAUAUAUUCAUAAUAUUGUCCACAUCAAAUAUUUUAGAAUUAUGAUAGAGUCAAUUAUCUAAUCUAAAUAGAUGGUUAAUUAUAUUAAUAAGAAAAUUAGAUUGGUUUAUACUAUAUAUUUACUCUUAAAUCAUAAUCUUUAAAAAUAGGAAUAUAUAAUCUUAAUAUUAAAACACUAUUUUAAGAUAAAGUAAUAAAUGAAUAGAUAAUUAAUUUAUAAAUAAUUGAUAAUAUUUAAAGAUUAGUAUUAAAAUCAACAAGUACUACUUUUAAUUAUAGACAAUCUAUCAAUCUAGAGGCUUAUAUAACAAAUAGUUUAUUAAGAAAUGAAUAAUUCAUAUGGGAAUGUUUUGAUGUUCUUGAAAAUGAAUUAUGUAUUAGAAAUAAUCAAACAUUGAAAUUAGGUUAUGAUGGUACUAUUACAAUUCCUGCUUAUACUUUUAAUCCAUUUUAGACAAUUAUUAUAUCAGUGUCAUAUAAAAAUAUGAAGGAAUAAAUACAAUUACAGAUAGUUGAAACUGAUGUACCAAAAGUUGAUUUUGAAACAACUCCAGAUAUUUAUUCUGGAUUUAUCAAUUUUUAUGAUUAAAUAAAUAUUAAAUUGAGAUUUGUGGAUUUGAAUGUAAAUCCAGACACUUUAUAAUAUAUAGGAUUAUUAUAUACAAGUGAAAGAAUUAUAGCUUAAUUUACAUUUGAUUAUUUGGAAUUGAAAUUACAAAUUUGGGAUUACUUAAAAUUAGAAGAAUUAUCAGAGAAAUUAACAUUAAAAAUAACAAUUCACAAUCCAAAUUACUUUUAACCAUCUACAAUAAUUAUGAAUAUCUAUAUCAAUUUACCUCCAAAAUCAUGUAUUGUUAAUAUUGAACCUACUUCUGGUUAAUCAUUAAUAACAGAUUUUACUAUAUCCACUAAGAAUUGUUUUGAUGUUAAUCAAUCUUUAUAAUAUAGAAUACUAUUGUAUUAGAAUUAAUCAGAUUUACAUUAUGAUUAUGCUAUUGGCUAAUUAUAUAAAGGAGUAGUGUUGAAUCCUUAUCAAUAUGAUCCUGUCUAUAAAACUAAAUUAGUUGGGAAGGGUAAAACAUAUUUAGUAGUCUAAGUGAAAGAUACAUUGAAUGGGAUUAGUAAUUAUACUCUAGUUGUAAAUGUUACAUCUACAGAGACAGAAUAAGUUUAAUCAAUGAUGUCAAGUCAAUCAGAUUUAAAAUCUUCAAUAUUAUUUAUGUUGAAUUCUGAAAAUAAUAAUCAAUCAUCACCUUAAUAAUUAACAGACAAAAAAUUAUAAAACACUCUAUAAUAAAGUGAAUGUGAUUGUGAAUACGAUGUUAAUUAAUAAUUAUUUCUCAAAAAAUUAUUAGUAUAAUAGAGUUAAUCUUUAUCAUAUGAUUAAAUAAAUUAAGAAUUGGAUAAAUCAAAAGUAAGACUUAAUGAAAUUGAAUAAUAAUUGAAAUAAUAAAUUACUUUAAUUGAUAAUAGUUAUGAUAGAUCUAAAUAAUUAUUAUAAAAUGUUUUUCUACAUGAAGAAGUAUUAGGAUAUACAUAAUAUAUUGCAGAACUAUUUAAUAAAAAUUAAAUAUCUAAUUAAUUUAGGAGAUAACUAUAUGAAAAUUAAAAUUCAAUUAAAAUAAACAAUCAGUAAAUUAUAGAUUCCCUUAAUGUUAUUACACAAAUACAAUUAAGUUAAUAAAUGAUCAACAGUAAGAAAUUAUCCAUUUAGACUAAUUAAUUUAAUAUAUCUACAUAAAGAGUUACAUCUAAAUUAUUAUAAUAAGCAUUAGGUAAUGUAUUAACAUCUUAAUAAUAACUUGUAGAUGAUGAUGAUGAAACUGAUUAUUAAUAACAAUAAAAUUCAAUUCGUUUUGAAUAUAAAUUGAUUAAAUAUGUCUCUAAUCCUUAUCUAUAUGAUUCAGACUUUAUGGAAAUCAAUAAAAAUCAUACUAAUACUAUUCUUUAUCAUCCAACAGUAUCUUUUGAAGAAAAUUAAACUCAACUUAUUGAUUCUAUGUCAACCUUAUAUUAUGAAUUUCCUAAACCUGAUAAAUAGAAAUUUUAUGAAUGUGUUAUGAAAAUAGAAGAUUCAUGGAGUUUAGAUGCUUGUACUACUACUGAAAAAGAUUUCAAAACUAUUUGUGAAUGUUAGAAAAUAUCUAUAAUUACUCUUAUUGAUGCAAUGCAUUAAUUAGCAGAUUAAUUAGCUUCCUUCUUUUCUAUUGAUACAAUAAAUAAAAUAAAUUAAUGUCAUUAUGAGGAGAUGUUAUUCUUAUACAUAAUAAUCUUAUUUACCUUAAUUUUCAUAUUGUUUCUAUAUAUAGGACAUAGAUUAGAUUAAAAGUAAAUUAAUUCUGGAUCAUUUUUUUCAGCCAAAGUUAUGCCAUAAUCAUGGGAUGAAUUCCCAGAUAAAGAAAGAGCUGGUAGUAUUGAUGAAUUAGCAUAAUUAGAUUUAUAAUAAUAAGGAAAACGAAAAUUGAAAUAAAAUAAUAAUCAUACUAAAAAUAAUAGCAUAAAAAUCUAAAAUAAUAAAACUCUUUCAGAAGAUAAUUAAAAUAGAUAAAUUGAUUCUGCAUGUUCUAGUAAACGUAGUAUGGCUUUAGAUUCAAAUGGACGUUCUGGUAAAGCAAUUGAAGAAACAGAAGGUAAUUAACUUUCAGGUACACCAAUUUUAGAUGAACAAAAAGAACAAAAUUCACCUAAAAGAGAGGAUUCAAUUUUCAAUUCUAUUCAAAAUUAAUAAGUAAAAUUUCAUUAAGGAUUCUUUCUUUAUUUUAAAGUAAUUUUAUAUAUUGAUUUAUUUAGAUUAAUCAUGUUUUAAUGAGUCUUUAUUAUCUUUAUAAUGAAUAAUAAAGUAGAGUAUAUAGAACCAUUAUAGUUUAUAUGUCAAUUAUUGGUGAAAUUUGCAUAUUAACAUUUUUUGGAGAAGUAAUAAUAUAAAUUUUAUGUUUUAGAUUAUUAGUUUAAAUACAAUUUUAGCAUUAUCUAUAUUACAAUCAUUAUUUGGAUUAAUAUUUUGUAAGAUAUUUUCUUUCCUUAUUCAUAAUACAAUGAAAUUCUUAAAGAUUAUAGGAUUGACAUUGAUACUACUUGUUGUUUCAUUUUUCUACUUUAUCUUAUUAGGAAGUUUGGCUCGUUAUAAUUCCAUUAAAGAAUCCUAAUAUUGGGCUUUAGCUUAUUUGACUAGCUUUGUUUUGAAUUACAUAAUAUAUUCACUUUUGGUAUAAUUUACAAUGUUCACAUUUCUAAAUAAAUUCCAUAGUUAUGAGAGAAUUAAGGUAUGUUAUAUAUUUUUGAUUUAAUAGAAAAUUAUGAAGUAUUUACUAGAAGAUAAAGUCUACCAAGAAUUAUAUGGAAAAUAAUGA